UGCGCAGCUGGUGUUUCUGCUUUGCAAACUGCAGGGCCAACAGAGGGAGGGAGACGGAGGCCUGAGUGUCAGUCCAGCUAUUGAUCACUAAAACAACACUGCUUGGGUGCAGAGGUGGAAUUCGGGUGUCAAACGUCUCCAUCACUCAACAUGGAGAUAUUUUUCGGAGCUGCCUUGGAGCAGGGAUUAAAGGUAGAAAAGGAAGACUCGGCUGACCGGGAAGCAAGAAAAUGCCCCGAGGCCAGACAGGCAGGGAGCAACAGAGAAUUCUGGGAAAGACGUGAGCAGAAGAUUCUGGGAGUCAAAGAGGACACCACCAGCUCAGAUGUGCAGCAUCAGAGGUUCAGGCAGUUCUGCUUCUGGGAGGCCGAGGGGCCCCGAGAGGUUUGCAGCCAACUCCACAGGCUUUGCUGUCAGUGGCUGAAGCCAGAAAGGCACACCAAGAAGCAGAUCAUAGACCUGGUGGUCCUGGAGCAGUUCCUGACCAUCCUGCCCGCAGAGAUGGAGAGCUGGGUCAGAGAAUGCGGAGCGGAGACCACUUCCCAGGUGGUGUCUUUGACAGAAGGUUUCCUCCUGAGCCGGGUAGAGGAGCAGAAGCCGGAAGAGCAGCAGAUGCAAAACCUUCUGUCAGAAGCUGCCCCUGAUUUCCUUGAGGCAGAGGAGGCUCCAUCAGACACCAGGCAGAGGCUGCCGUCCAGCGGGAUCCAACAGGAGGGGGAUGGAGAUGCUGGAAUGAAACUGCCCAGCUGUCCUCAUCCAUCUCUUCUUUCUGGAGGAGCAGAAGAUGCUUCAGGAAGAUGGGAUCAGGGGACCUUUGAGGAAGUGGUCGUGCAUUUCACGGAGGAGGAGUGGGCGCUGCUGGAUCCGGCCCAAAGAGCCCUGCACAGAGAAGUCAUGGAGGAGAACGCAGGGAAUCUGGCCUCUCUGGAAGGUGAGAGUGGGAAGAAUGAAGGAAAACCCAGUGGAGGAAUUCUGGGAGGUACAAGAUGGAAAAAGAGGGAACAACAGAAACAAAAAACAGGAGCAAAAUUGAAGAACAGGAAUGGAUCCUCCCCUUCUCAGCGUGGAAUCCAACCAAUACUGCAGAAAGAAAGAGAGAGCAGGGUGUGCCUUCCGCGUAGAAAAAACUCCAGUUCAGAACCAAGCUCUCAACUUCAGAGGAAAAUGCAUGCAGAGAAGGAACUAUAUGAAUGUUUGGAGUUUGGAAAGAGCUUCAGCAUGAGUAGAGCUUUUACUAUACACCAGAGAAUCCACACUGGGGUAAAAACAUAUGAAUGUUUGCAGUGUGGAAAGUGCUUUAGUGGGUGUAGACAUCUUACUAGACCCCAUAGAAGCCAUACUCAGGAGAAACCAUGCUUGGGGUGUGGAAAGAGCCUCAACUGGAGUGGAGCACUUACCAUAUGCCAUAGAACCGACACUGGGGAGAAACCACAUAAAUGCUUGGAGUGUGGAAAGAGCUUUAGCCGGAGUGGACAUCUUAUUAUACACCAUAGAACCCACACUGGGGAGAAACCACAUAAAUGCUUGGAGUGUGGAAAGAGCUUCAGCACAAAGGGGGACCUUAAUAAACACCAUAGAAUCCACACUGGGGAGAAAUUACACAAAUGUUUGGAGUGUGGAAAGAGCUUUAGCCGGAGUGGACAUCUUGCUAUACACCACAGAACCCACACUGGGGAGAAACCACAUAAAUGUUUGGAGUGUGGAAAGAACUUUAGCACAAGGGGAGACCUUAAUAAACACCAUAGAAUCCACACUGGGGAGUAACCAGUAAUGCUUGGACUGUGGAAAGAGCUUCACCAUGAGGGGAGCUUAAUAAACACAAUAGAAUCCACACUGGGAAGAAACCACAAAAUAAUAAUAAUAAUAAUAAAUAAUAAUAAUUAAUAAUAAACAGUAUUUGUUAGCCGCCCCAUAACAAAUUGUUCUGUGCGCGGCUCACAACAGAGUAUUAAAACAUACAAUAAAAACACAUAACUCAUUGAAUCAUAACAGAUGGAAAAGAUGAAAAGAAAAUGCAAAUAGAAUACAUUACAACUUGCAAAUUCAUUUUAAAAUUAGUUUAAAAAAUCAGAACAAAUCUGAAAAAACACAAUUUAAAAGGUCUGGGUGAACAUAAAGGUGUUCACCAGGCUAGACACCAGAAAAACAAGGUGACGAAGCCAGGAGAACCUCAUGUCAAAUAUAUCAUCAUGAAUAAUCAUUAUAUAACUUCUAAUUAUAUUCUUUGAAUAUAUUAGCAGCUUAUGGAGAUGAGGGAGAACCUGAUCGAUCCUUUGCUGCAGGAGAUGUACCAAUAGAACGCUCUCUGCUCUUUUUCUCCUUCUCCCUCGCCUCUCUAUCAAAGUGUAAAGAUAAUGAAGGUCCAUGAACAGAAGAUUUGAGAGGACGGGGUAGAUCUGGACAAGUCUGGAUAUAAAUGCAAGGGAUAGGAACAUAGGAAACUGCCAUAUACUGAGUCAGACCAUUGGUCUAUCUAGCUCAGUAUUGCCUUCACAGACUGGCAGUGGCUUCUCCAAGGUUGCAGGCAGGAGUCUCUCUCAGCCCUAUCUUGGAGAUGCUGCCAGGGAGGGAACUUGGGACCUUCUGCUCUUCCCAGAGCGGCUCCAUCCCCUGAGAGGAACAUCUUCCAGUGCUCACACCUCAAGUCUCCCAUUCAGAUGCAACCAGGCCAGGCCCUGCUUAGCUAUGGGUCAUGUUUGCUACCACAAGGCCAGCUCUCCUGGAAUACUAGGAAGUGAGACCACAAGUGAACAGAACAUAUUCAUGCAGCCCUCCUAAAGAACCUUUUGCUGCAUGCUGCCUCCACUGUAGAAGGGAAAUGCCUAUCACAGCAGCAGCAGGCCAUCAAAGACACCCAAUCCAGGAAGAUUGUGAUGACGUUCCUGUUUCUGUGGGUCAAUUGGGCUUGUGUGAAAUGCAAACUGUGCAAAGCAAGAAAUGCAAGGUCUGGUUGCCUGAAUGGAACAAUACAAUGAGAAUAAUCAUAAUAAAUGAAUAAUAACUUUAUUUGUUAGCCACCUCAUAAGAAAUUGUUCUCUGGGAGGCUCAAAACACAACAUUAACACAUGAGAUAAAAACACAUAACAGACCAAAAAGUAGGGGGGAGGGGGAAUACAAAAUAUGAUACAAAGCAAUUUAAAAACAGUUUAAAAAACAGUUCAAAUCAAAAUUUAAAACGUUAAAGGCCUGAGUGGACAAAAUGUCUUUACCUGGUAUCUUAAAAAACAAAGUGAUGAACCUCACUGGGGAGGCUCUUCCAUACCUCUGAAAGGGUCCUCUCCCUCGUAUCUUCCUAAGAACAUAGGAAACUGCCAUAUACUGAGUCAGACCAUUGGUCUAUCUAGCUCAGUAUUGUCUUCACAGACUGGCAGCAGCUUCUCCAAGGUUGCAGGCAGGAAUCUCUCUCAGCCCUGUCUUGGAGAAGCCAGGGAGGGAACUUGAAACUUUCUGCUCUUCCAAGAGCGGCUUCAUCCCCUGAGGGGAAUCUCUUCCAGUGCUCACACUUCUGGUCUCCCAUUCAUAUGUAACCAAGGCAGACCCUGCUUAGCUAUGGGGACAAGUCAUGCUUGCUACCACAAGACCAGCUCUCCUCUGCCUCGCCUUAUAUGGCAGGGACCUCAGAGGAGAGCCUCCAAAGAAGGUUGGGACGUAUGGGGCAAGGCGCUCUCUCAGGUAACCCAGUCCCAAGCCAUUUAGGGCUUUAAAGGUUAGAACUAGCACCUUGAAUUGGGCCUGGAAAUUGAUUGGGAGCCAGUGCAUCUGUUGAAACACUGCUCAAAACACCCAGUCCCAGUUAACAAUCUCAAAGCCCUAUUUUGUAUUAGCAGCAGUUUCCGGACCAUUUUCAAAGGCAGCCCCAUGUACAAUGCAUUGCAGUAAUCUAAGCAAGAGGUUCCCAGAGCAUGAGUCACAUUGGCCAAGCUCUGUCUCUGUCCGGGGAAGGUCCCAGUUGGUGUAUCAGCCUAAGCUGAUAAAAGGCGCUCCAAGCCACAAAAGCCAUUCUAGAGACAGUGCUGGAUCUUUGGGGGUGUGUGUGUGUUUGUGUGUGUUGCUCCCCCCCUUUCCUGGCUAUCAGCUGAUGUCUUUAUCACUUUGGUCUGUCAGGACAGAAGCCCAUGACUGGACCCUGCUCUGUACACCAAUUCCCUCUUCUGAUGGUCCCAUCUCCAAAAGCGGGAGAGGAGGGAGGGGGAAAAUGACAUCCCGGAUCAGGGAGCACAGCAAGCACUCUGCCACUGAGCUAUGACCCUGCUCCUUAGGAACAGAGCAAGUGGCCUUAGACCAAGUCAGACCAUUGGUCCAUGUGUCUCGGUACUGCCUACAUUGAAUGGCAACAGGUCUCCAAGAUUUCAGACAGGAGUCUUGCCCAUCCCUACACGGAGCCCUACCUGGGGAGGAGAGCUGGUCCUGUGGCAGCCAGGAUGAAUUGUCCCCGUUGCUAAGCAGGGUCUGCCCUGGUUUACAUUGGAAUGGGAUAUGCUCACACGUGUAGCACUGUCAGAUAUUCCCCUUAAGGUGUGGGCCACUCUGGGAAGAGCAUCUGCCUACUUGCAUGCAGAAGGAUCCAAGUUCCCUCCUUGGCGGCAGCAUCUCCAAGAGAGGACUGAGAGAGACUCCUGCCUGCAACCUUGGAGAAGCAGCUGCCAGUCUGAGUAGGCAAUACUGGGAUAGAUGGACCAAGGGUCUGACUCAGUAGAAGGCAGCUUCUGUGAGCAUCUGCAUGCAAAGCACAUGCUCUGCCACUGAGCUGUGGCCCCAUCCUUGGGCUUGUUUCUGGGGUGCCUGUAGUGAUUGUAAGGCUUUGAGGGAGGACUAAGCCUCACUUAGAGGAACUGUUGGGAGUGGUUCAGCCUCCCAGCCAGGAGUCUUAUAUUCUGUAUUUUGGGAAUCUGAGUUGCCUAAUUUAAUGAAAACUCUGUCUUUUACAAUCUGUUUUAUGGAAAGAAAUUUGAUCUUAUUUCUCAUUCCUCUUUUAAUCUAAUAAUAAACCCUUGUUGGUGAAGUGUGCUACUCUUCAUUUGGGGUCUGCCUGUGCCCCACACACCUUCGGAGGCCUAGGACUGCUCAGCCAUUUUGGGGAGGGUUUGGCCACUUGAACCUCCCCCAGGAAUCUGAUACUGCUAACUGUUACUAGCAGCAAAUUUCCUUAGUAUCACAUACAAGGCAUCUGGCCUUAUAGUGUCAGCAUUUCCAUGCAGAUAUUCUCAUCCUUUCACAUUUUCACGGUGACUUUGUUUCCUGUGAUCAGUGACUAUCAUGCGCCAUCCUGUCCUACUCCUUUGAUCGGAGACAGGGUUAUUUCGCCAAUUAGAAUAACCAUGGGUAGUUUAUUAUGUGUAGUUUUAGGAAUGUAGAGCAGUAACAAUGUCAACUAUGGUUUACCGUGGAUGCUUGGUAUCACCGGAACCUUUCCUGGCCUUUGAGUUGCCAGAGGUUUGAAGUUUGUACCUACUUUUGUAUAUAUACUUUGAGCAGACUCCAUGGUGGGGCUGCUGUGUUUCUUUGCUGGAAACUUACUUCCCAGAGCAGCGCUUUCUUUUACUCUGCAGAGGGAAAUAAAGCUUUGAACCAUU